AUGGUCAAAGGAAUUUGUGGCUCAUGUGCGAUGAAUAUCGCUGGAGAGAAUACCUUGGCAUGUAUCCAAAAAAUCGACCCCGAUACAAGCAAAGUCACCAAGAUCUAUCCUUUACCUCAUAUGUUUGUUAUCAAGGAUCUCGUUCCUGACUUGGGCCUAUUUUUCGAGCAGUACAAAUCCAUACAGCCAUGGCUUCAGAAGAAGGAAAACAUCACAGCUGGAGAGAAGCAGUUGUUCCAAAGCGUUAAGGAGCGUGAUAGGCUGGAUGGCCUCUAUGAAUGCAUCCUGUGUGCAUGCUGCUCAGCAUCUUGUCCAUCGUACUGGUGGAAUGCAGACAAAUACCUUGGACCUUCUGUGCUGAUGCAGGCUUACAGGUGGAUCAUCGAUUCACGUGAUGAUUACCCCAAGGAACGUCUCGCUCGCAUGCAUGAUGCUUAUUCCGCGUUCAGCUGCGCCAUACUAUGCAUUAACUGCACGAAAACCUGCCGAAGGAUGUUGGCACGAACCUUGUCAACUGUUCGCAAUCAUGCACUUAUGUAUGCGAGUUGUGCCGCGCUAUCAACAUCGAAGCCUACUGGAAAGAGAAUAAAAACGUUGGAAAUUUAUCGCUACAGUCCUGACAAACCGGGCACGUUGCAAAACGCGGAAAUGAGGAAAUACGAUAUUGACUUGGAUGAUUGCGGUCUGAUGAUCCUAGAUGCUCUUAUCAAGAUCAAAAACGAACAAGACAGCAGUCUCACCUUCAGAAGAAGCUGUCGUGAAGGUAUGGAAGAUACCACAUUCUGCGCUGGCACGAUGUUGGCACGAACCUUGUCAACUGUUCGCAAUCAUGCACUUAUGUAUGCGAGUUGUGCCGCGCUAUCAACAUCGAAGCCUACUGGAAAGAGAAUAAAAACGUUGGAAAUUUAUCGCUACAGUCCUGACAAACCGGGUGCAAAACCGGAAAUGAGGAAGUAUAGAGAGAAAAGGAGUCGCUCGUACUCUCUGGUCUCAGGUAGAACCGUCUGA